AUGUCCGAGUCGAAUCAGUCCAAUGUGCCCCAGCUGAACCAGCCCCAGCAGGGCGCAUCUCCGAUACCUCAACUCCCAGCUGCUCCGCCUAUGCUUCGACCAGCCGUUGGUGGCCGACCAGGCGGUGCUCGCACUCCCCGACUCGGCCUGGCGAUUCCCCCAUCCCCGAAUGCGAAACCCGUAGGCAACCAGGCUGCCGGCGGGCCGGCGCCCACAAGACCACCAUUGCCGACACUGCACCUUGCGACGCCCAUGGGAAGCCAGGUCACCCCACAAGAACAGCCUCAAACCAGAGGCCUCAGUCUUCAAACGGGUCAGUCGGCGGGCGGCGGCAGCGAGAGCAGUGCCGAUCACUCGCGCACAGGGAGCUUCGGUCCGCUGGACGGUCGUGCCAGUAACCCGACAUCGGCAGGCUCGCAGUACUCUGCCUUGUCGUUUGCCUCCCAGUAUGGCAUUGGUGUAUCGAGGACCCAUGGCACACCUGAUCCUGUAUCUGCAGUCGGCUCAAUGUACUCGGAGAGGAGCGAGGGUGGGGCUGCCAUGGAGCGAGACGGUAGCCUCCCAGGACUUGAGAACUUUGACAAGCUGAGCUUGGAGAAGGCCAGGACUGGCGACGUUGAGGAUCUCGAUGACGAGGGAUGGAGGAUCGCGAGUAUCGAGAAGCGUAUCGAGGAGUUGGGCAGCUUGGGCGAGGGCGCAGGCGGUGCCGUGACACGAGCGAAGCUCAAGGGUGGGAAGACUGUGUUUGCUCUCAAGGUUAUCACCACGAAUCCAGAUCCCGAUAUCAAGAGACAGAUCAUCCGAGAGCUCAACUUCAACAAGGACUGCGCUUCUGAGCACAUCUGCCGGUACUAUGGCGCCUUUGUGGACCCAGCGACAGCAACCAUUUCUAUCACCAUGGAAUUCUGUGAGGGAGGGUCGUUGGAUAGCAUCUACAAGGAAGUGAAACGCCUUGGUGGGCGUACCGGAGAGAAAGUUCUGGGCAAGAUCGCCGAGGGCGUCUUGGGAGGAUUGACCUACCUCCACACAAGGCGAAUCAUUCACCGAGACAUCAAGCCAUCCAACAUCCUACUCUGCCGCGAUGGCGCUGUCAAACUGUGCGACUUUGGCGUGUCGGGCGACUUUGGAACCAAGGGCGAGGCGAAUACCUUUAUCGGAACCAGCUACUACAUGGCCCCCGAACGCAUCACAGGUCAAGCCUACACUAUCACUUCGGAUGUCUGGUCGACAGGCGUGACACUGCUUGAAGUUGCCCAGCACCGCUUCCCGUUCCCUGCGGACGGAACCGAAGCGCAGCCCCGGGCGGGCCUGAUUGAUCUCUUGACCUACAUUGUGCAGCAGCAGGUGCCCAAGCUCAAGGACGAGCCAGACAUGGACGUGUAUUGGAGCGACAACUUCAAAUAUUUCAUCGAGUGCUGUCUGGAGAAGCAACCUGCUCGCAGAGCGAGCCCAUGGAAGAUGCUCGAGCACCCCUGGAUGGUGGAGAUGAAGUCCAAGAGGGUCAACAUGGUCAAAUACCUCUCCUACGUCUGGGGAUGGGACAACAACGCACCAGGCAACUGA